UCUCCCUUGCGGGUCAGCCAUGUAUCGGCCAACUGUGAGGACCAGGAAAAGAGCUUGUGUGGAGCCCUGGGUCGUUGGUCUCAUCUCCUUUCUUUCCCUGAUUGCCCUGGCUGUGUGCAUCGGCCUCACCAUUCAUUAUGUGAGAUACAAUCAGAGGAAGACUUACAAUUACUACACCACGCUGUCAUUCACAAGUGACAAGCUAUAUUCUGAGUUUGGAAGAGAGGCUUCUAAAAAUUUCACAGAAAUGAGCCAGAGAAUUGAGUCAAUGGUGAACAAUGUGUUUUACAAAUCUCCUCUAAGGGGAGUGCUUGUCAAGUCUCAUAUUAUCAAGUUCAGUCAGGAAGGUGAUGGAGUAUUGGCUCACAUGCUACUGAUUUUUCGAUUUCGCUCUACGGAGGAUCCUGAAACCGUACAUGAGAUUGUUGAACAUUUUCUACAUGCAAAGCUGCAGAAUGUUGCAGGACCCCCCAAAGUUGAUCCUGAUUCAGUGGAAAUUAAGAAAAUCAACAAGACAGAAACAGACAACUAUCUCAACAACUGCUGUGGGACACGCAGGAAUAAAUCCACAGCUCAGACUAGUGUCAGGAUUAUUGGUGGGACCCCGGUGGAAGAGGAUGAAUGGCCAUGGCAAGCCAGCCUGCGCUGGGACGGGGCUCAUCGCUGUGGAGCGACGUUAAUCAACAAGACAUGGCUUGUGAGUGCUGCCCAUUGCUUCCGAACGCACAAGGACCCAUCCAGAUGGACUGCGUCCUUUGGAGUAAAAAUAAACCCCCCCAAAAUGAAACGAGGCCUCCGGAGGAUAAUCACCCACGAAAAAUACAACUACCCAUCACAUGACUAUGAUAUUUCCCUUGCGGAACUUUCUAGACCCGUGUCCUGCACAAAUGCGGUGCAUAGGGUUUGUCUCCCUGAUGCAAGCCAUGAGUUCCACCCAGGACAGCGGAUGUUUGUGACGGGAUUUGGAGCAACAGAAAAUGAGGGUUACGCUCAGAAUCACCUUCGUCAGGUACAGGUGGAUUACAUAGACACUGAAACCUGCAAUAGACCUGAUGUUUACAAUGGUGUCAUUACACCUAGGAUGUUGUGUGCUGGCUUCUUGAAAGGAAAAAGGGACGCAUGUCAGGGUGACUCUGGAGGACCCCUGGUUGCUUCAGACGUGAGAGACAUAUGGUACCUUGCUGGGGUAGUGAGCUGGGGAGAUGAAUGCGGACAGCCCGGCAAGCCCGGAGUGUACACGAGAGUGACGGCCCUCCGGGAGUGGAUUGCCGCCCACACUGGCAUCUAGGAGAAAUGAUGCAGAGGGACGCAGCGGGUGCUGUAGCGAAUCACGCAGCUCUCUCCUUCUCACUAGUCCAUCUGCUUGACGAGGAAACUCAUUUCACUCCCAGUUUUGCUCCGCACAUGAACCUCUCCCUUCAGCCUGAUGGACGUUACCAAUCUGAUCACAUAUAUUCUGUGGAAGUGCCGUGUCAUCACAAUUUUAACGUGUUGGCACACAAUCCCCACUCAGAUCUGCAACUUGAAACAAUGUCUUCAUUUCCUCACC